AUGCAGUUGAUUCUCAAAGGCGACUCCCGUCGGCACGACGCCUUUAUCGAAGCAGGCCAGAAGUCUGCGAUACCGGAACUAAAAAAGGACUACCAAGUGUGCCUUUUCCGGUUGAGCCCGUCUGAGAGCCCUGUUUUUGCUGGGCCGUCGUGGGAACUGAAGGGUGCACAGUUAGCGACCUGGAAGAAGCUCAAGGACAUCAAGUGGGCUGGAAAAACGGUCUACAUCUGGACUGCGUUCCCCAACAAGUGCCGCCAUGAUUUUGAGGGAAUCAAGAGCCAUAUGACCAACCUCGUGGGGCACAUACGUAAAAGUCUUCAGGCCAACGGCAAGAUGCGUUCGUUCUGGUAUGCUGAGCAGAACCCUCUACCGGAGUCGAGCAAGGCACCACGUCGACCCAUGAUGCCCUGGCUCUUCGACGACGAUGGUCAGUAUCAGAUAUGGGACACCUACUUCGAUUUCUUUCUGGACGAGGAGGAUCACCGGUCUCGGUUAGUCGAGGCCACAAUCAUCGAGCAAAACGUCCAGUGGACAACAUACGAUGAAGUUUUCUGUGAGAGCAAGACUCACGACGUUAUCCUUGAACGUCCGACGUCUGGUGAGGCUUACUGGAAGCUCCACGUUUGGAUGAACGCGGACCCGAAGCCAGCUCCGCCGGAAACCAUCGAAGCCAAGUUCGAGGUGAAUGUCGCAAACUCGGCUCUUCCGAAAGCUCGGAAACUGGUCAUUGGCACUGGCACUUGCAUAGACUCAAGCCGAGCGGAUUUUGCCAUCUUGACCCGGGCCCACUUUGAUCCUGCUUUGGACGGCCAGACCAAGAAGAUCACGGCUACACUCACCGUCAAUCUGAAGUCGACUGCACUUCAGAUCGAUGCACUGGAGGUGGCUGGUCGAACUUCCACGUUCGGUGAUCACCCGAAGAGCGACGGUUAUGGGUUUUCCCUUAAACGCACCAUCCUCGCGCAAGGCUCGGAGGUGUGCCGGACUAGUCCGUUCUACUUUGAGUUGAACGUGAAGGAUAUUUCCGUGGUCCCGCCUGAACUCCAGAAGGAACGAAUCGAUUUUAUCCUUGGCAAAUACGUCCUGGAUAGUUCUCAACGUCAAGCCGUUGAGAAUUCGGUUUUCAAGGUCGUCGCUGGCAUCAGCCUGGUGAAAGGCCCGCCGGGCAAUGGCAAAACGCGGACAACGUUGGUCAUGCUCCUUAUCCUCACGAGCCUGGGAAUGAAGGUUCUGAUCUGCGCCGGGUCCAACCAGGCUGUCGACACGCUUUUGCUCGCCUUCCAUGAGGCUUUGAAAGGGGAUUCAAAGCUUGCAGGUUGGUGUGGACUAUACUGCCGGUUCAAAACUUCUAGCCACCAAAUGGGUGUUCUUCGCCGCGCUAGCAAGGCGAAGCCCUCGCAGGGCAUCAGCGACAACAGCUCUUCCGUUGAGAAGGCCCUUGCGGACUGCCAGAUCGAGGCACUGGUGGUGAAAAAGGCGACGGAGUACUACGACCAGCAGCCCGACGCGAAGAAGCUCAUCGACCUGCUCGACCAGGAUCGACAAAGCGUUCUGGACAAGGACACGACGGUUUCUCUCAGGAACUGUUACGAAAAAGUCCUGCGCAGGGUGAUCGGUCAAUGCAAAGUGGUCGCCGCCACACUCAACGCUUCCGGCGACGAGAACCUUAAGGCUGGGUUCCAACCGUACGCGCUGCUCUGCGACGAGGCUGGCCAGUGCCUCGAAGGUGACAGCAUGAUACCACUUACAGGGUAUCUGACGCUGCGCACCGUCCCUCUGAUCGGAGAUCCUGAUCAGCUCCCCCCCGACGGUUGUAUCCUUGCGCGAGAACGAAGGGGCAAAGUUCCUUGCCUCCUUGCAAUCAACUAUCGGUGCCACCCUGACAUCUUGGAUUGGCCUGCAUCGGCCAUCUACAAGAGCAAGAUCACCGCCUGCGCGGGGAACACCAAGGCUGAGCGUGUGGGAAGUGCGUGGCAGGCUUUCACAGCCUCCCACCACCACUUCAAGGGACUUAUUGGGAAGCGACGGAUCGUGAUCGACGCCCCCGGAGUUGCUGAGCAACCGGAGAGGAGCACAUCCUGGCGCAAUGAUGGCCAAAUCGACGUCGUUAUGACUUUCCUCAAGGCACUGUACGCCGAUGGAUCCACCAACGAUCCGAUCGUGCCUGAGGACGUGGUAUUGAUCUGCCCCUAUAGAGCGCAGGUGAAACGGGUCAUCGAGCGCUUUGCUUCGGCUGGGGUGAAGUACGACCGUUGUUUGACAGUCGACGGGUCGCAGGGUCAGGAGUCGAACGUGGUAAUAUUCAUGUUUACAAAGCCACGUACCUUUUCGACGACUGAUGUUGGCUUCGUCUCCCACUACCAGCGGCUCAAUGUGGCCAUGACUCGAGCGAGGAAGCUCCUGGUUGCCGUUGUGAAUCUGCGUAUCUGGAACCAGCAAUUCCGCACUAAUGCGAAACUGGGCUCCACCCGUUAUCUCGCGAGCUUCCUCCAGGACGCAGUCGACAAGGGUCAUGUGCUACAAUGGGUCGGCACCGAGACUGUGGAAAGACUCACCAACGACGCUCCCCAACACCGGAAGACGACCAGCGUCUCCAACGUCUCCGGCGUGUCCCACCCUGCUCCGCAGCCCCCAAAGAGGCCCGGUAGCCCCAACCACCCUGCCCCCCCCCGGCGCCAACAAAGUCCGCUAGCUCCUCCCAUCCCGCGCCACAGCGGCCCGCAAAUCCCAUCGGCUCUUCCCGGCCAGCGCGCCAGCGACCUCCUUUACCUCAAAAGAGGGACGACGAAAAAGGAAUCCCUGCGUAAACAACGGGCGGACCUUGAUGCGCAAGAAGACGCUCUGGACGCCAGGUUGGCCGAAGUUGCCAAAGAUAUGGCCGCUUUAAAGUUGGAAGAAAGUCGGACCUACAAGACGAAGGGAGCCUAG